AUGAGCCAGGCUGGGUUUCGCGUUACAGGCAUGAUUGUCUAUUGCGCCCCCUUGCCCUAUAUGGCUCAUCAAGUAGGUGAUUACUUCUCCAUUCGGGGAUUCGCUGCUACCCAAAAAAGUCCUCGCGUGCCGAUGCAAUGGCGCCAGAGUUUUCACGUCUCCUUGAUUGCCUACGUGAACCCAACUAUCCUCAGGUGCAGUUCCGUCUUUUUGUAUGCAGUCGUGGUUGGCCAGAGACCAGGUUGA